AUGGAUUCGAAGAAGGAGGCUACCUCAAUGACUACUGCUGAACAUCUUGAGAUCCAGCAGGCAGAGGACAAUGCUGAAGCCGCCGCCAACCAAAUCGUUUACGAAAAGACCCUCAGCUUCGCCCAGAGCGUUCGGGUCUUUUGGAGAAGCACUCUCUGGAUUCUAUACGUUCAGCUUGUUGUAUUCGGCUAUGGUAUAGACGGUAUCAUUGCGGGCAAUCUGCUCGCAAUUCCCAAGUUUCGGGAAGACUAUGGCACUACACUUGCGCAAGGCGAUACGACUAUUUAUAUCAUCCCUGCUACGUGGCAGAGCCUUUACGGCGGCGUAUCUCAGCUUGCAGCUGUUCUCGGAGCUGCUAUUACAGGAUGGUUAGCUGAUAAGAUCGGUCGACGAUACACCAACAUGGCCUUCUGCGCUAUUUCUAUCGUCGGAGUAGGCGUUCAAUAUCAUUCGACCCAUAACGGCUCUCUCCCUAUUCUCACAGUAGGAAAAGCCAUCAAUGGUCUGUCCAUUGGUGCAUGGCUGAUCAUUGGCCCCUUGUACGCUUCAGAGGUUGCUCCUCUCAAACUACGAGGUUGGCUUACAGCCAUGACCAAUUUUAUCCAGUUCAGUGGCACCCUGUUGUUCACUGGAAUCAUGUAUAAGCUUGGUCCCCGAAAUGACGCCAACUCUUAUAUCGUCCCAUUCGUAUGUCAAUGGAUUAUCCCGGCUAUUGUUCUUCCUACCGUCUGGCUCUGCCCCGAAUCACCUGUUUGGCUGGUCCGAGUCGGACGCCGAGACGCUGCCGUCAAGUCCCUCGAUCGACUCCACGGCUCGUCAAAGGACAUCGAUAAGAAGGCUAUUCUAGCAGUCAUUGAGCAGACUGUUCAACAUGAGCAUGACUACCGCUCUCAGACAUCAUCCGUCUCCUACGCAUCGUGCUUUCAAAAGCCUGAUAGACAACGCACACUUAUCAGUAUGUUUAUCUACGGUUGUCAAUACCUCAGUGGUCUCAUCUUUGUUCUCGGAUAUCAGUCGUAUUACUAUCAACUGGCUGGCUUUGGUGCGCAGAUGUCCUUCUUGCUGAGCAUGCUGAACAACUGCAGUAUGUUUGUUGCCAACAUACUUUCUUGGCCUCUGUUGACCGUUGUUGGUCGACGGCCUCUUAUUGUAUGGGGACAGUUUAUUUGUGCUAUUACAUUAUUUAUCGUCGGCGGCGCCUCCUUGCCUGGUAGUCGAUCUACAAAUCUCGUUACCAUUGCUUUCAUGUUUGUCUGGGGCUUUGUUUACCAGAUCACGCUGGGUACAGUUGCAUGGACAGUUGUCGCAGAGAUCCCAACCUGGCGUCUUCGCUCACGCACCCAAGGUCUUUCCAACAUCGUGCUCUGCAUCGUACAAUGGCUUGUAGGCUUCGUAUUCCCAUACAUGUUCAACCCAGAUGCUGGUAACCUGGGUGGUAAAGUUGGCUUCAUCUUUGGUGCUACCACUCUUAUCGGAUUUGCUGGAUGUUGGGUUUGGCUUCCUGAGACGAAGAACCGAACUACUGCGGAGCUUGAUGAUCUUUAUGCUGCCAAAGUCAAGCCUCGUCGUUUCCACAAGACUUCAUUGGGCGAGGCUAUAGGGUCUGAUGACAAGACUGCCUAG